GCCAACGUCAGAGAGCAAUUCCAAGGACUUCAAGACUGAUUAUAAUCUCAUUAAAAAUUCACAACAUAUUUGCAUCCUAGUCAACCGGUAGAACUCCUUCGCCCUCACCAUACAGUCUUGUUGAAAUUCCCAGCUAAAAGAUGAUUGGAGCAAUGCCGGCUGUGGCCGUUCGGCACGAACGACAGAAGCAGAGCCGCCAACAAGGAGCCGCGUUCGGGACCAGUCGUGACACGCUCUUCAGUAACGGCGUCUCUACUCAUCACGUUCGACGUUCAUCUCGACCUGUUCGACCUAAUCAUCUGUCUCUCGGAAAACGCCAGCGAAUGUGCAGUUCGUCUUCGUCCGUUUCGAGCAUCGCGACGUCCAGUUAUUUGUCCCCCGUGCCGCUGUCGACGUCGUCGACGUGCGCGACGCCGAUAAACGCCACGACGUUGACGCCCCGUCAAGCGCGUGAGCCACUCACGGCCGAAGAAAUGGCCACCGAUUACUGCUGCUACGGCAAGCCGUGGCAGUUCCCGUUGCUGCACGUCAUCGUCAUCUCGCUGAUCAUGGCCAUCACGCUGAUGAUCGUCGGCCUGGUGCAGCUCAAACCCAACGCUGACUCGGAGGCCAAGAAAUAUCUGUUCCUCGGAUCGGCCGCCGUUUGUUUCACGGUCGGUUUCGUGUCGCUGGCCAUCCGCGCCCUGCGGCGCUACCACUUCCGCAGAUGCGGCACGCAAUCCAGGCGCAUCCUGAGGGACGAGUCGGGCUACAGUUUCUGCCAACUGGAAGAGGCCGAUGGCGACACGCCCGUCGAUUCCAUAGCUCUUCUUCAACAAAGGUUCUAAACAUUUUUUUUUUUAAAUUAAACCAUCCAUUGGUAAAGCUCGUUUUUCGAUUGACGCCAACACAACAAAUGAAGUGACUUGAUUUCAAUUCUUUAAGGGGGUUCGCCACUCCGUGAAAAAACAAAAAACAAGGCAUUCUUCUUCCAUCCAUCAAAGUGUUGAAUCUCUGGGCCCUUCCUACACAUGUUCUUCGGAUGACACGUUUUUCUAUACCUCGAACUUGUUUUGGAGUUGCGAACCCCGAAUCUUCUCUUAUGUUGCCGAUUUCCUUUUGAAAAUGAAAUUACGUGUAAACCGUCAAUCAUGAUGCAAUUUCGGCAGAUGUCAUUGAGCGCCACAUCUUCGUCCCAAGUGUAUCGUUCAUUCUUUUUCUUUCUCGGACUCUUUCGGAUUUUGCUUUACUGUAAUUAUUUUAAUUCCAGCAUUUUGACAUCAAAGUGGGGCGGAAUUUUUAUUUUCCCCGGAAAAAAAAAAAGAAAAGAAAAUGAGAAAGAUGAUUCAUCCAGUUGCGUCAAUUCAAAUGAUCUUUCUCAACUUACGUAAGCUGCUUAUUGUCCUGAUAAUGGCUUUGUUAUUUAACCAGUGGUAGAAUUGAGUGUUUUGCAUUGAAAUAGUUUUUCAUUCUCCGUUGCUAAUAAUGAAAACGUAGCCUACGAUCGUUUACGUAACAUCUUACGCGUAAACUUUUAAAAAAAAAAAAUGAAUUGGUAGCGGUGCCAAAACGUUUUCCGACGUCAGAGAACAAAAUUCCCAGGACAUAAAUUAUACAGGAACUCUGAAUGUGAUUUUUUGUUGUUUCCCUUCAAACAAAUUUUAAAAAAAAAGAUUCAUUAUGAAAUACUUUAGCAAGUGAUUUUUAUAUCUCGUCAGAAUCUCUCUUUUUUUUUUAAGGUUUAACAAAAUGCUCAUUUUCCUUCUCAUCAUUUUAUAUGCCAAUUAUUCGUGUUCUUGUAACAAUAAAACUUAACCAUUUCUCUUC